GCGCGCUUGGAUCGCGGUGAGGCUGGCGGCGCGCGGCAGGCACCAUGGAGGAGCUGCUGCGGCGGGAGCUGGGCUGCCGCAGCGUCAAGGCCGCGGGCCACUCCGGAGGCGGCUGCAUUAGCCAGGGCCAGAGUUACGACACGGACGUCGGACGGCUGUUUGUGAAAGUGAACCCCAAGGCGGAGGCCAGAAGGAUGUUUGAAGGUGAGAUGUCAAGUUUAACUGCCAUUCUGAAAACAGGCACCGUGAAAGUGCCCAAGCCCAUCAAGGUACUCGAUGCCCCUGGAAGUGGGAGUAUGCUGGUGAUGGAGCAUUUGGACAUGCGGUAUUUAAGCAGUCACGCUGCAAAACUUGGAGCCCAGCUCGCAGAUUUACACCUUGAUAACAAGAAACUUGGGGAGACGCUUCUGAAGGAGGCUGGCACAGUGGGGAAAGGAGGAGGGCAGAUGGAACGGCCCUUCGUGGACCAGUUUGGGUUUGAUGUGGUGACAUGCUGUGGAUACCUCCCCCAGGUGAAUGACUGGCAGAAGGACUGGGUCAUGUUCUAUGCCCAGCAGCGCAUUCAGCCCCAGAUGGACAUGGUGGAGAAGGAGUCUGGGGACCGGGAGGCACUUGAGCUCUGGUCUGCUCUGCAGCUGAAGAUCCCUGACCUGUUCCGCAACCUGGAGAUCGUCCCUGCCCUGCUCCAUGGAGACCUCUGGGGAGGGAAUGUAGCAGAAGACUCCUCUGGGCCCAUCAUUUUUGACCCAGCUUCUUUCUACGGCCACUCAGAGUAUGAGCUGGCGAUAGCCGGCAUGUUUGGGGGCUUCAGUGGCUCCUUUUACUCUGCCUACCACAGCAAGAUCCCCAAGGCCCCCGGAUUUGAGCAGCGCCUGCAGUUGUACCAGCUCUUCCACUACCUGAACCACUGGAACCAUUUUGGGUCAGGGUACAGAGGGUCCUCCCUGAACAUCAUGCGGAAUCUGAUCAAGUGAACUGGCUUUCCUCCUGAGGGGGCCCCCUUUCUCCAUGGCCCCUUACGUGUGCGACUUUGUUCUCCUCCUCACCAUGUCCAAGCCUUGUACAGGGGUGAUAGCAGGAAAGGUGUUGCCCUCAAGCUGUACUCGGCCAGACAUCAUGACUGAUGCGGCCACACUAGUGACCAAAACAGGGACCUCUGAAGCCUGAGGGCGCUGGGCCAAAGGCAGGGAACCAUGUGUGACCACAUGAGCAUGCAGGGACAGAAGCAGCAUGCCUGUCCGUCCUUCCCUGCUUUCCUCUGAGCUGAUGAUGCUUCAUGUUGUGUUAAGACCUUAGUCCAGACGUGGAGCCAGCUUGCUAGGGAUCGAACCCAUGGCCUUGUGCUUGCAAGGCAAGCAC